AUGGCUUCUUCACAAUCAGUCAUCCCCCCGGGGGUGCUGAACAGCAUCACGGAACACAUUGGAAACACCCCUCUGGUCCGACUGAACCGUCUCCCUCAGAGCUUCGGUAUUGAUGCAACUGUCUACGCAAAGCUCGAGUACUUUAAUGCCGGUGGAAGUGUGAAGGACCGCAUUGCCCUCCGAAUGAUCGAGGAGGCCGAGAAGUCUGGCAGAAUCAAACCUGGCGACACAUUGAUAGAGCCUACAAGUGGCAAUACUGGCAUUGGUUUGGCACUUGUAGCAGCAGUCAAAGGAUACAAAACGAUAAUCACCCUACCAGAGAAAAUGUCUGCCGAGAAAGUCUCAGUCCUCCGCGCUCUCAAUGCCAACAUCAUCCGCACACCCACACAAGCCGCAUACGACUCCCCGGAGUCUCACAUAGGAGUUGCCAGACGCCUUGAGAAAGAAUUGCCAAACGCUCACAUUCUCGACCAGUACAGCAACGUCAACAACCCAUUGGCGCAUGAGUAUGGUACCGCGGAGGAAAUCUGGACUCAGACCGAGGGCAAAAUCACAGCGGUGGUAGGCGGUGCUGGCACCGGAGGCACUAUUACCGGUAUUUCAAGAGGCAUAAAGAAGCACAACUCCGCCGUCAAGGUCAUUGCCGCCGAUCCGUAUGGCUCGAUUCUCGCGCUUCCAGCGGCUCUGAAUGUGGAGCACGAGAACGAGCCGUACAAGGUUGAAGGGAUUGGCUAUGACUUUAUUCCUGACGUCCUCGACCAGUAUGCCGUUGAUAAAUGGUACAAGACGGAUGACAAGGAGUCCUUCCAAUAUGCCCGCCGAUUGAUUGCUGAAGAGGGUCUUUUGGUCGGAGGUAGCAGUGGAAGUGCCAUUGCUGCUCUCGUCAAGGCGCAUCAGGACAAUGCCUUCACCAAGGACGACGUGGUUGUAGUAGUCUGCCCAGAUAGUAUUCGAAGCUACCUCACCAAGUUUGCGGAUGAUGACUGGCUAGCUGCAAACGGUUUACUCCCCUCUGUGCCCGCUGAGCUUUCAACCAUCUCCUCCGAGACGCCAGCCCGCGAUGACAAGAAAGACGUCUUUGCCAACGGCCGAGUUCGCUCGCUCAGACUCAAACCUGUAACUACAGUACGAGCCAACGAUUCAUGCCAGUCCGCAAUCGAACUUAUGCGCGACAAGGGCUUCGAUCAGCUACCCGUUUUGACCGCAGAUGGCAAGAAACUUGCUGGACUCGUCACGCUUGGUAACGUUUUGAGCUGGAUUUCCCGCGGACGAGCUGCUGGCAAGAGCCCUGUUGCCGAUGUCAUGUUCGACUUCUCCAAACUACCCGAGGUCGUCACAGACCCUAGGGAUAUCGGAGCUUCGUUGCAGGCUGUUACUUCCAAAACAGAUGGAGAACAGCAGCAGACUCCAAAGAAUCGCAAUAAGUUCUUUGAGAUUACAUGGGACACGCCGCUCAGCGUUCUCAACCGAUUCUUUGAAUGGAAUAGUGCUGCUAUCAUUACUGAGCGUGACGAGAAUGGUACCAUCAAGCCUGUUGCAGUCGCAACAAAGGUUGAUCUGCUUACUUGGUUGCUGCAUCAAAACUCAUAA